GCCACUGUUGUGUUGGUCGCACAUGACGCGCGGCACAAAGUGUGUGUGGGCGGAUGAGGAAGUUCAGAGCUCGGAUUGAUGGUUACACACCUACUGUACUGGCACUUGAUCGCAGCAGCGGCAGCAGCACGCGCCGGGGUCUCCAUCCAGCAGCUCCUGUCCUCAGAUCGCAUGGGAAAAUGACAAUCAAGUUUGUGGUCAUCCUCUUCAUACUUGCGCUCGCUGAAGAAGGUGCUCGUUCUGAUCUACUGGAAUAUGGCGACGACGAGGAAGAUCACCACGAUACCACUGUCAAUCAAAUGCUGGUCCCCAGGUCGCACCAGGAGGAUGCCACACUGAUCCUGAACAAUCUGCUGAAAGAAUACGACAAGACGCUGCGGCCAGACAUCGGAGUGAAACCAACUGUCAUCGAUGUGGGCAUAUACGUCAACAGCAUCGGGCCUGUGUCAUCCAUCGAUAUGGAGUACCAGAUCGAUAUUAUCUUCGCCCAGACCUGGGUGGACACCCGUCUGCGGUACAACAGCAGCAGCAUGCGGCUUCUCACCCUCAACAGCAAUAUGGUCGGCCUGAUCUGGCUGCCCGACACCAUCUUUAGGAAUUCCAAGAAUGCUGAUUCUCACUGGAUAACGACGCCCAAUCAGCUGCUCCGGAUCUGGAACAAUGGAAAAAUACUUUACACACUGAGGAUGACCAUCAACGCAGAAUGCCAGCUGCAACUCCACAAUUUCCCAAUGGACGAACACUCCUGUCCUCUCGUCUUCUCCAGCUAUGGCUACCCACGAGAUGAGAUUGUGUACAAGUGGAAGCGAAACUCAGUGGAGACUUCGGACCAGAAAUACUGGAGGCUUUACCAGUUUGACUUCAUGGGGCUCAGAAACACCACAGACGUCCUCUCAACCACAGCAGGUGACUACGUGUUGAUGACGGUUUACUUUGACCUCAGCAGAAGGAUGGGCUACUUCACUAUUCAGACCUACAUUCCCUGUAUCCUGACCGUGGUUCUCUCCUGGGUCUCCUUCUGGAUAAAGAGCGACGCCACGCCUGCAAGGACAGCAUUAGGCAUCACUACAGUGCUGACCAUGACCACCCUGAGCACAGUGGCCAGAAACUCACUGCCCAGAGUGUCCUACGUGACCGCCAUGGACCUGUUUGUCACCGUCUGCUUCCUGUUUGUCUUCGCUGCCAUGAUUGAGUAUGCCAUGCUCAACUACUAUUCCUACAGUAUACGCAGACCUCCUCCCAAGACACAGAGAAUGGCCUACUCAUCUUUCAACAUGGCUCGCAGCCCUCGGACCAUGAUGCCCAUGGGCAACUCCUUAUUCUGGCAUGACUACGAUGAUAACUGCCUGUAUGAGUGUCUGGACGGGAAAGACUGCAAGAGCUUCUUCUGCUGCUACGAGGAGUGUAAAGAAGGUGGCUGGAGGAGAGGACGGAUCCACGUCAACAUCCGCGAACUGGAUUCCUACUCCAGGGUUUUCUUCCCCACGUCCUUCCUACUCUUCAACAUCGUCUACUGGGUCAGCUACCUCUACCUCUAGUGUGUCUCGGGCCGUGGGCCCUGUUGAAGCAGGCCCUGCCAUUUUGCACCGCGGCUCGUGGUUUGAGGUCAAAGCUAAACGUAGAGGAGGAAAUGAGGUGGAUUUACUGUGUUGGAAGUGUGAAGGACAUGCUGCCUCUGGAGUGAUAAGACAUGAAGAACUACAUCUGUGCUGUGGUGCACAGUGUAAAGGUCAUGAUACUUGGAGCAGCAGUGGCACUGUAAGGUGAAUAAAACGCUCAGCAGUAGAACAACAAGCCGCCAGCAUUAACUUGAAUGGAUAGGUCCCAUUUAUGACUCUCUCAGAAACCAAACAACAGCUGUGACUUCAGAGACGUUCGGGGAUGGGGUUGCAUAGCUGAAUCUUGGUCGUCGAGAUGGCGAAGCACCCAUAGUGCCUUCUUUAGAAAGGGUGCGGCACUGAGAGACGCAGCUUCAGAGUUCCCUCCAUUAUCUUUAUUACCUCAUCCAUCACACCGCUGCAUGCUGAGCUGUUUAUUCUUUGAUGAAACAAACCCAGAACACACUUCUCACCACUGGAGAUGUUAAAAACUAACACUCACCAUUCAUUUUGUAGCACAUUAGUUUUAGUUGUACACUAGAAUUAGUUCUCUUUUCUAAAAAUAGAAAUGUUUUCUUGUUCUUCUUCUUCUUCUUAGAAUUAGUUGUUCUUUCACAGCAGGUCUUCUCGCUCACACAUCAGUUGUUAAUUGUUAAAUAUGGGUUAGUCAGGGCCAGUGGUUGUCAGUGAGUCAGUGAGUUUUUGUUCCUGAUGCUUUAUGACCAAGUGAUGCAGUUUACAGUAGAUGCCAAGAAGAUAUGGGUGUUUUUAAUGACUGCUGGGUUACACUCUUACGCAACAAAUGCAUAACAACCGCAUAAAUACAUACCAAUCUAAUACUGAACAUGCAAAUCAUAUCCCCAGGCAUAUUAUGUAUGUUACAAUCUGUGACUAAACAGAUUAGGGUUCAGGUAUUGGUAGUUUCUGUCUGAGAACAGAUAUAUGUAGGCAGAGUUCCGUUCUGUUGAGCACACUUUAAUUCUUGAAAUUAUACAACAGACAUACAAUUUUUAAACUGAAUUACCAAGAUUGAAAGAAAAGUUUGACAACUUGUGAAAUCUACCUAACACACAUUCUUAAACACUAGCCAGAGCCUUUAUUUAACUCAGUGACAGUGGACUUUAUUUGGAGACUAUAGGUUUUAUUUUUUAUUUACUGUAUUCCACAGUUAAUGCAAACUCAAUGCAUCCUUCAUGUUCACCCUUUGUCACUGUGAAAUUAGACUAAAAUAAUACAGCAACAAUCAAACCAGGUAUUCCAGUAAGACCUUUCCCCUUUCAAUAAUGUUAAUCCACCUGAAAUGAAGCAAGUUUUUUUUUCAGAUUAAGGUUCUUUGACACUUUGUUUCAACGUGCGGACUUUUAAUUUAAAAAGUUGAAAUGAACUAAAUAGUAAUGAGAAUGUGGCAAAUCAUGGCAUUCAAAUUAAAUAAGAGAAACUCCAGCCACACUGCUGUAGUCUGCUGCAGAUAAUUUCAGUCUGUUCAGUGUUUUUUUCUAAGCCAUUUUAAGGGGUGCACCUAUUUAUUUGCGCUGCUGAUUUAGACCAGUUUUUAUAAAAGAAUUAACAACUUUCUUUGGCAAGAGUUAGUCAAGCAGAUUGACGCCACUUUCAUGUUGGUCUGAACAUGAUACUGGCAGGCAGGAGCUUUCAAGCGUAGCACUGAGACUGGAAAGAGGAGGACGCAAAGGAAGUCUAACUCCAAUGCCUCCCUAUUUUAUUGGGGUUGUGGGCCAAGAAUCAGCAAAGUGUUAGGAAACUCGUAAAACAAGUUAUUUUCACAUGGGCAGAUCUAAAAAUAAAUAAAUAAAUAAGGUAUCACAUGUUCAUCAGUGAGCUUUGGAGGAUCUAUGAGGACAGCUUCAUAACAUAUGAUCUUAGCCAGGCUAGCUGUUUCUCCAUUUCCAGUCUUUAUAAAAGGCAAGUAACCUUACACAUAUAUGAAAGUUGCAUUUUCUCAUCUAACUCUUUUGAAAAAAACACAAUUUCCUUAAAGUGUCAAACUAUUGCUCCAAAGUGGUAGUAACUCCAAAGAAAUUAUGAGCUGCACAUAGAGACUGGAUGUAAGGAAUGGACGAAGCUACACGUCACCCAUUAGUUUGUGGACCACUGUCGUGUUGGAAUUUGCCAUCUUGAUCUUUUCAAACUAGACAUUAUGAGCAACAGGUGGAUCUGACUGGUAAUUUGAAGACACCAAACACAGACAAAACAGGAGCAACCAGUUAAUCACAAAGUAGUCCUGCACUAAAACAUACCCUAUGUUAUCAUCUACUGCACUCUAAAUGAGACCAUAAUUUAAAAAAAAAAAAAAAAUAGCAUCAUGCUGAAUUAAUUGGACCUGAAAUUACCAUUUGAGACCAUAAACUCAAUGGGAUAGUGUUUACUGAGAUAAAACAUUCAGUGAGAAUUAGGGUUAUUGUAUUUUUUUUUUUCUUCUUACAACCAGAGGAAUCACGCCUUACUGGCUGUUAGAAAGAAUAUAGGUUUAAAGUAGACCUAGUGGCUACGGCCAUCUUUUCUAUACAGUCUGUUGCUGUGUGGCUGAUGUUAUUCUCGGUAAAAGCAAAACCAUUGCUUUGGUAUGGAAAUGUUUAAAAAUUAAAUAUGUUGUAUAUUGGCACAAAAUGACAAAGUAAGCUGCAAAUAUAUUAGUUCUGGCUAUAAUCCAUUUGAACCCUACAGCACGUUCAAACACACAUGCACUACACAUGGCCUAUUUAUUUUGCAUUAGAGUUCUGCCAUCCUGUUUCAGAAGUACAGCUCAAGUACGUUAAACUGGAGCCUUGAUGAAAGCUUCAGUUUUGUUUCCUAUUUUGGCUGCUGAAAAAUGAAAGGAAUUUCUGAUGCCCUGCCAUAUGCAGGACCUUAAGGCACAUCCUUCUGUGCCCAGCUGGCAAUGAUCACAGGUGCUGUAAAGGAGGUUCUAUAUAUCGUGAAAGUCCACACACAUGCAGUACGCACAGCAGUGCUGAAAAAUGAAUGACAGAGGAUCCUUGUUGACCCUUGAUGGAGUUCCACAUCCUCUCCUCAAAUGUAAAAUUGAUGCCAUAUAUGGAGGCGUACAGACACACUCAUUUGAGAAAAACAAGGACGGGACGGUACCGAUGGCAUUUGGAACAUUUCGGUUUUGUUCACUGUUAUAUGGUGUUUUUUGCAGUUGUUUGGCUUUGUAGAACAAUCAGCCCCCUUUUUCUGUCCUCCUCCCCCAACACAAACACACACACUUUUUUCCCCCCAGUAUUUGUAUGUUCAGAGAAAAGCUUUUAUGUAAGAUGUAUCUAAUUAAUGUUUCUAUUUUCAUACAGUUAUAUAUGGAAUGUAUGUUAGGCCAGUAGCGAGGCUCAAGUCAAUCUGGUUCCAGUUCAGUCAGUUCAAGCAGAUGUGUUUAGAUUUAGGGGUCCUACAUAUUCAUAAGGCCUCCAGACCCACUUGUGUCCUGUCCAGAGGUUUGUAAUUGCAAAUCAAAUUGCCUCAAGUGAUGCUAGGCAAACAGCAGAGCAGCCAUUACCCUGUGGGUCAUUACGUACUCUGUUGAUUUACCAUAUUAGAGCAUAUAAAACAAUUACAUUUCAUUCGUACUGGCUCUAUCUAUCUAUGUAUCUAUCUAUCAACCUAUCUAUCUAUCUAUCUAAGAACUGACUGAAUUGACCAGAGCUUGGCCAACACCGCAGUAAACUCUCCUCACCUCUGAUAUUUCUACUACACUUUAUAAGUGUCUUAGUCUGUUGAGAUACUUCAAUAAAACAAAAUCACUUUUUUCUACGUCUUAAUGAAAAUCACCUGCGUGUUUCAACUGACUGGGACCUGUAUUUAUAAAGCCUCUGUGAAAUCAGAGUACUGACCCAGGAUCAGCGCUGGUGAGCAUAAUGAAGUCGCUCAAGAGCCUCUUCCGGAGACCUCAUCACCCCUAUUAAAGUUUCCCAGCUUGUGUGAAAAGCAGAGAGUUAGUCGCACAGAGGUGUCAGAAAUUCAUGUAUUGCUCCUAUUUUACGCUGCAAACCAAUUUUGUUGUGAUUGUCAGCGAAAUCUCUUGAGAGCGGGGCUGUACACAGAAAAAGCCACUGAUCAUGGAUCAGCACUCCGAGAGGAAAUAUUUUAUGAAAACAGGAUCUGGAGUGAAAAUAGAUAUCUUUUUUCUAGUGCGUGGUACAUUGCUUAUAUUAAUAAAUAAUGUUUUGGUCAAGUAA